AUGCAUACAGCAUCUAUACUGCAAAAUGGAAAAGUCUUAGUUGCUGGUGGAUUUUGCUGUGAGUCUACUACUGAAUUGUAUGAUCCAUCGACAGGAAUGUGGACAUACACUGGUGAGUUGGCUGUUCGACGAAGUUUUCAUACAGCAACCGUAUUAAGAAAUGGAAAAGUGCUGGUUAGUGGCGGAAGUUUCGUUGGAACUGUUACUGAGCUCUAUGAUCCAUCAGAAGGUACCUGGGCAAGCACUGGUCGUCUGCAUUAUGAGCGAAAUGGACAUACAGCUUCCUUAUUAAAAAAUGGAAAAGUAUUGGUGACUGGUGGAAUCGGCGACGCUCAAAAUAGUGCUGAACUGUACAAUCCAUCCAAAGGACUUUGGGCAGAUACUGGUAGCAUGCAUCAGAAACGGAUUUAUCAUACAGCAACUGUAUUAAAAGAUGGAAAAGUGUUAGUGACGGGUGGAUUCAAUGACAGUUUUCCUGAUCGUACUGCUGAAUUGUAUGAUCCAUCAACAGAAACUUGGACAUUCACUGAUAGCAUGCACUAUGGACGAAGUUCUCAUCAAGCAACUCUUUUAACAAAUGGAAAAGUGUUAGUUACAGGUGGAUUUGGAUCUGUUGAUACAAAAAUAACUGAGUUAUAUGAUCCAUCGACAGAAACUUGGACAAUAACUGAUAGUAUGCAUUAUGAACGAAGAAGACAUACAGCAACUGUACUCAAAAAUGGGAAAGUCUUAGUCACUGGAGGCUAUAAUGAACAAGCUCUAAACAAGGCAGAACUUUUUUAUUUGAAAAAGAAGUAA